AUGCCCACCAUCAUCAACCAUCGAAUCCCAUCGACAAUGACCCCACAUGAGCAAUGUCGACCCACCUUCCCGCUCCCAGACACGGCUGAAAAUCGUCGCCGCACUUUGGAGGACUUUCCAGGCAUCGACGAGGAUCUCGAGGUCGGCUUCAAGGUCACCAAUCGAGGCUGCGGCAACUGCAAACGCAACGGCAAACACUGCACCUUCGGCACUGGGCUUAAGCGGCAGAAUGACGCGAAAGGAGAAGAACAUUGCCACCAUCCACGACAUCAUGGACCGACUGCGUGCCCUUUUGAGCGCAAGUUGCAGGCACCGCAGCGCGAAGAGGCCAUCGCUUUGAUCGAAGAAGUUCGCAUAGUCGAGAUCAGCGGCCGCGGAGCAACGCAGUCUCAAGAGGACUUGAUGCGCGAGAAGCUCUAUGUUGCGCUUUUCCGAGAUGCACCAAAGCAACCUCCUUCGCACUCCAUUCUUCAGACGUAG